CUGUCGAAAGAGAGAAAUUAAUCAAACGAGCGAAUAAACCGCGAAGCGUUCGUCGUAGCAACGUGUACGAUGGUACAUGGACAGAACACAGACGCAGGAAGGAUAAUAUCGGACGGAGGAGUGACCAAUGAGGUGCGAGGGUCCGCCCAAACGGCUGCUCGAGUUGCUUCCUCCGUCGUUUCGCUGCCUGUUGCAACGCUUUUCUCCCCUCUUUCCCUCGAAUCGAAUGGUAGACUGCACAAUAAACUCUCUCUCUCUCUCUUUCUCACUCUUUUUCUCUAUCUCUCUGUCUCUCUCUUUCUUUCUCGUUCACUUAACAUCCGCCAUUGCUCCGAGUCAAACAAAAGGAAUAAAUGAGAGAGGCAGCAUUGCUGUUGUUACAUGUAUCGAGCAAAAACAUUAUUUCCACCGACACAUCCAAAAGCUCUUUAACCAUCUCUCUUUCUCACUAUCACUAUCUUUCUAACUCUCUCACACUCCGUAUGUCGCCUCGUGCUGCACCUCGCGUUCGCUCUCCUCAUCAGUUCCACUUGGUUACUCGAACGUCUCGCUAGUCGGUUUUUUCUUCCUUCCUUCUCUUAUUCUCUGUCAUUCGACGACCAUUUUUAUUUUCUACUUUAUUUAUUUAUUUAUCUUUUUAUCGAGUUUGGCGUUUUGGAAAAAAGUGGAUAUAACGCGUGGAAUGUGUGUGUGUAUGUAUGUGAGAUUGAGAUAGAGGGAGAAAGAAAUAAGGAGAGAGAGAGAGAGAAAGAGAAAGAGAGAGAGAGAGAGAGAGAGAGAGAGAGAGAGAGAGAAAGUGGAUUGGUAUAUGGAAAGAAACGUGAGUUAGAAAAGGAUAGAAGUUCUUGCAGAGCAAAUGCGACACACGGCUACGGAGGAUAUGAUGAAGGAAACAUUGGUGAAGCAGGACAUAAAGAUAGAGUGGGAAGGGCAUCGUUCCGGCGAGAGUUCCCCUCAAUUACACGUCACGGAAGAACCCUCUGAUAGUCCGCAAAGUGUUAUCACUUCGAAGAGACACGUCAGAACGAUCACUACGGCGGGACAUAUCACGGAAAGUAUAGCCGAGAUCGAAGCUGAAUCCUCGGACUCGAAUGCUGUCUCGAGUAAUCUUCAGCAAGCCAUGCACCAGCAUCAGCAUCAACACUCGGAUCAAGAUCAGCAUGUGUAUCAAGACGAACAACAACAGGGGCAGACGCAACAACAGGGGCAACAACAAUACGUGCAGAUUUCUCAUGCUAAUAGUACAGAGGAACAGCAACGAGAUGGCAACGAUCAACAACACGUUGUCUAUACAGCUAGAAACGGUCAGGAUGGUGGCGUUGAAGUCUCUGAUGGUGCUGAUUCAACGAUUACACUCGCCGUCAAAGAAUCACCUAGAUACGAGACAACGGGAGGAACAACUGAGAGGAACGAAGUGGGCCGUAUCUAUGCGUACACUAGCGACGAUCAGGAGUUAAGGAGGGAGAAUCAUUUGAUCACGAUGCAAGUUCAAGACAAUGCUCGUCGUGGUCAACAAACAACGACGCAUCAUAGGUUCAGUCCGCAUGAGAGCAAUCAUAGUACCAGCAACACAGCCAAUAGUACACCCAGGUAUCAAACCUCACCAGUUCUUCCUACCACGGAGGAUUACGAAACGUCAGGGAUGGUUAGCCAGUCUGCAGGCAAUGUACAACUGAGUUCACCCGCACCCAAUUAUUCCCCACCAAUCGAUGGAAUACGAACGAAUCAACAUCAACAGCAAUUGGUCGCUGCUGGUUACUCCGACGCAGCUGUCGCUGCGACGAUCAAAUAUGAUACCGAAGUAGCCGUUGCCACGGAAAAUAUCAAAGUUUCGAGUACCUACACAACCCUCGAGACUGUCGCCAUACCACCCUCGCAGACGGUUCAAUACACUCAAUAUAUAUCCGGUAGUGAAACUUUCCAACAAGCGCCAACGUAUACAUAUCCAAAGCCCGAACUUUUUAUCACUUAUCCACCCGCUAGUCAACCUGGAUCGCGAGGUGCCGAAGUGGAGUCUCCCAACAGUGCUUACAUCAAAGGUGACCCAACGUUAGCUUCGUCUUUAGGUACGACGCGUGCUGUCUCUCUUCAUUACGAGCAACCAGGCUCACCGGGAUCUCAAGUGACCUUAUAUGGACCUAGCACAGCUACUUCUUAUCAAUACAUCAAACCAAGCAAUGAUCCUUACUGGCCUACUAGUGGUACACCAUCACCUCCAACGUCUCUCGAAUACGUUCAAACAUAUCCCAGCGUGACAACGAUAGUUAGCGACGCUGCAAAUAUGCAACUCUACUCGGGCGGUGGUUACAGUGUCGCAACAGCUGCUGGAAAUGGUUUAUCUGGUCCUUGGCAAACUAUUCCAAGUGCCGAAGAAACCUUCGACGGUGCCGUGAUAGCGAGCGAACCAAAGGACUGCUUAAACUGUGCCACUACCAUGACACCUCUGUGGAGACGCGAUGGUACCGGACAUUAUCUUUGCAGCGUGUGUGGUAUUAUCAGCAAGAUGAAUGGCACCAGCAGACCAUCGAUCAGAUGCGGCAAACCUAAACAGUCGGUCGCGCCGGUAAACAUUGCUGGUGUACGAAGGACAGGAGUGCAAUGUGCGAACUGUAGAACGAGUAACACGACUCUAUGGAGACGAAACAACAACGGCGAACCCGUUUGUAAUGCCUGCGGUCUUUACUUCAAAUUGCAUAACGUUAAUAGGCCAUUGAGCAUGAAAAAGGAAGGAAUACAAACGCGAAAAAGGAAGCCAAAAAAUAAUUCUGGUGUAAGCGGGAAUCUUCCUGGACCGAGCGGUAUCUCCAAGACCGAGAUUAAGUCCAGCUUACUCGUGGACUCGUUGCAGUUGAACAUGUUUGCAAGCGGGGGUGGGGGUGAAGGGGUAGAAGAGCAUUGUCUUCCUGUAGGUACACCAACAACGGCACAAUUAGGGCACGCACAUUCGCCCCUCACAUUACCUACUGUCGCCGUAUUGAAUCGUCAAACUACCCUUACCGUGCCUCCACUAGAACCAAUCACUAGUCAACCCAGCGGUGACCUGGUCUCGGUUAUAACUUCAACGACGACAGUCCAUGCUGAGAGAUCUUAGAAAUGUUCCUUUUUCUCUCUCUUUUCUAAAAAAAUAAGAGAAGAAAACGAAACGUAUGUAUAUACGUACGUACGAGAUGGUCUUAUCCGGAGCUUCUUCGUUCGCUCUAUGACAGUGAUAGAGACAGGCUCGAAAAUGAGAAAGAAGACUUUCUUGUUUAGAGAAACGGACUCUCGUAAAAGGAAAAUGAAAAAAAAAAGAAUAUGCAAAAGGAAUAAUAAAGAAAUAUUUUAUAGGAAAAACGGAGUAUCGUUCGCGCUCCGUUUAAUUUCACUGUUAGUGCUAUGAAUCGGUAUAUGCGUGGUUUAGCCUAAUCAUUUUGCUGUAUCUUAACAACUAUUGUAGAUUAGAAAUAUUGACAUCGAUACUAAAUUCAAUCCAAUCCAACAACGAUAUUGAAAAGAUAAAAAUAUAUAAAUCUUGCAAGGAAAAUAAAUGAAAUUUAUGUUGUUUCUGAUUAUUAAUAUUAAUUUCAUUUAUAUCGAUAAUGCAUCUUAGGAAUGUGCUAAAACAAUAUUUAUAAAUAUCGACGUCAACAUUUCUUCGUUCGGUGAUCAGCAUAAAAUGUUAAGCACAGUAUGUAUGUAACUACUUGGCUAUGUGUGUAUGUAUGUAUGUACAAUUCUCUAACGAUUCUUAUAUUCUCGUGAUUGUCCUUAACGCGAUCUUGCUCUAAGAGAUGUGCAAUUUUCAGACACAUGUCUUUAUCGUUUUCUAUUUUUCUCCUUUUAUCUUUUUUUUUUUUAAUCUAAUUUAAGAUCAAAAUUGAUACGUUGUACAAAGCGUUUCCUUUUGGGCUUUGCUUUUGUUUAAAAGAUCAUAUGUAUCAUUAGAAAGCUCCAGAUUGAGGAAAACGAGAGAUAAAAGAGAAAAGAAAAGAAAAGAAAAGAAAAGAAAAGAAAAGAAUAGAAAAAAAGAAAAGAAAAGAAAAAAAGAUUAUAUAGAAACGGAAGUUCGGAUUUUACGAUAAAUUUUCAAUUUACUUUAUCACGAAUCGACGUUAUUAACUCGUGUACUUUUACAAGUAGGCGUCUCUUGUAUAUAGAAUUCUACAUUAUGGCGUCUAAAGAUACACAAGACAUCCUUUAAACUUUAUCCAAAGAGUAAUAUAUAAUAUAUUCGUGUACUACUAAUGUGUAAGAACAUGACCGUAAAGAGGUACAAGAAA